AUGAGGCUGAAACUUCAGAGCGCUCCAACUUGGAAAUCACCAAUUCGGACUGCGACAUCCAUUGCGGAAGUGGUCAAGAUGUCAAGUUCUGCUAACCAAACGCCUACGCCGAGGGCAGGAGGCCUUUCAUUAUAUGCAAAUCUACUAGAUGCCGACUCUACUGCUCCUGGAACAAUAUCAAAAGCACCUGUCAUCUUUAAGCAACCAGAUGCAGCAGAGGAAGGUUCAGCUAAGAAGCCCUUGGAUCCUACAGCUUUACGAUUUCAACCUACGAAACGACCGCAAUUGUCGCAGAAACCUAAACCAAAACCAGCAUUCCCAAAGGCCACACCAGUCGAUGCAAAUGCUUCGCGCAACGUCUCGCAGCAAUUACCUGCAACUGCAAGCUCACAGCGACCACCAGCAAAGACUACGCUGGCUGAUUGGACUGGGAUAGACGACGAUGAUGUGAAUGGCUUCUAUGGAGGGGAAAAGAGGCAGAGGGGUGGAAAACGGCGCAAGAAGAACAAGCCAAGAGAGGAACAUAUCGCUGUUCAAGACUGGGAUGAUAUCUAUGAUCCAUCACGGCCGAAUAGUUACGAGGAGUACAAACACAGUGAUGAGAAGAUUCGGGAGGUUAGAGAGUGGAAGGACAGGCUUUACGCGCAUAGGAUGGCUAGGAAAUCAAGCGAGAAAGAUAGUGACGAGGAAGAGUACCGUCCACAAAUGGGCAAACAAUUCGCUCCGCCUCCGAAUUAUUCCUUUGCACCACCUCCUAUCGAUUCUCCCAAGCAACCGGUUGAAAAUAUAGAGAGCAAGGUCGAGUUACACACGAACAUAGCCGUACCGCCUCCGCCACCAUCCUCUGAAGCCAAUCCAGCUCCUCCUGAGACUCUACCAGCAGGUGCAAUAUCUCGCGCUCCAGUCCGUUACAACCUGCCACCAGCACCAGCAGAGAUUCCUAGCUCAGAUGCAGAACUAGAGAAGGCUUUAGCUGCAGAGCCAGACGAGGACGAAGACGCUGAAGAAGCCCCGAGGUCACUACGACCAGGUCAAAGAGGCUUUGCCGAACGUCUCAUGUCGAAGUAUGGAUGGAGCAAAGGCAAGGGUUUGGGUGCCGAGGAAUCUGGAAUCGUCAAUCCCCUUCGAGUGCAGAUAGAAAAGCGCAAGAAGAAAUCUGAUGCUGAAGGCGGUGGAUUCCGGGAGCCAGGUGGCAGGGGUAAGAUUAUCGGAGGGAAGAAGAAUGUCCCUGAGAAGGAAGAGGAAGUGGGGAAAUUUGGACCAAUGUCUGAAGUCAUUGUCCUUCGUGGCAUGGUCGAUGGCAUGGAUCUUGAUGAAGAAGUGGAGGGCUCUGGAGACGGAGGCUUAAUGCAAGAAAUUGGUGACGAGUGUGCUGAGAAGUAUGGUCGAGUGGAACGGGUAUACAUCGAUCGGCAUGGAGCUACCCCCAAGGUUUUCGUCAAAUUUACAAGUCAGCUAUCGGGCUUGAGGGCCGUCAAUGCACUCGAGGGACGAAUAUUCAACGGGAAUACUAUUUCCGCUUUGUUCUACGACACUGAAAGGUUUGAGAAGGGUCUUUAUGACUAG